AUGUAUAAGUUUGGAGGUGAGGCGAAGGAUCUUCGAAACAUUUAUAAUUUUGGCGAUAUGAGCCAACGAGAAACGGAGCCACCGAAGGACUUAUCAUUGGCAGAAAAUAGAGCUUAUUUGGUGGAUGUAGAGGUGCAUUCUGAUAAUAAUGAAGAGGAAAUGGGGCAUCGUGAGAGCCAACAACCCAAUUCCAGAGUCUCACCGACGGCUCAGGGAGUUCCUCAGUCCUCCGCGUUUUUUCCGGAAUUUUCACACUCUUCUGGACUUGAUGUUCCUCAAAAACCCUCAAUGGAAAAUACUUCGGACCAAAAAAACUCAAAGGAAAAACAAAAGGAGAAUAGUAAAGUAAAGAUUGCAAAAGAAGUUUUAGGAAUAAACAAGAAAAAUACCUCUGGGAUGUCACCUGAAGAGAAGGAGCGUGUAUUAAUUGAAGAAAGGUGGAAAAGAGCCAUGGCAGAGGAGAAUCGUUUGAACGCACUCGAAGAGCAAGUAACUCAUCGUGAGCAAGCGACUAAUUCUUCAGGCCUUCUUCCAAACUUCCCUCCCAAGUUCUUAUGUAUUAAGCCACUUGUACACCAUGAUAUUUCGAGUGUUCCCGAGGUAAGAAGACAAUUUGUCAGGUUUAAUUUUAUAAAUUGGAUUGCCACAUGUGUUUUGCUCCUUGUCAAUAUGAUUAUUGUUAUUGCUGUGGUAUUUGCAUCUCAUAAAGAAGAUGCAAAAAAAUUCAAUACUUCUCAAAACACUGUUUUAGCCAUUUUGUACCUGAUGGGAGCCCCUUUAAGCUUUAUUGUUUGGUAUUGGCAGAUUUAUUCUGCUUGUUCCACAGGACGUCAUACUAAACAUCUUUUGGCUCUAAGUGGAUUGGUUAUAGCUCUUGCCUUUGAUAUAUUUAUGAUUGUUGGUCGGACAAACUAUGCUGCAUGCGGUGUAUCUCUUGCAAUAGAUAUAUCGAAAACGAAAAGCAAGUUUGCCGUAUUGCCCGUGAUCAUUGUUCUUUUUUUCUGGGUUGUAGAGGCUGUUAUAUUGUGUUACUGUAUCGUAAAACAGUGGAUCUACUAUCGGUUGGAUGUGAACGCGCAAGAAGAAGUGAGGCGCCAGAUGCGGAAUGUGAUUGGAAUUUAG